GGGGAAAAAUGGAAAGCAGACUGAAACGAAGGAAAUCAGAUGGAAACGGCAUUCUUCUUCGACAGUCAGAUGGAAAGCUGACUGAAACUAACGCGACUCCUCGCCGUCGCCGCCCUCAACCCCCUCGCCGGCGUCCUCGCCAUCGUCCACCUUUCCGGCAGCAUCACUCACUGUCAUCUCCUCGACGCUGCGUCCUCUUAGCCGUCCACCCCGCGGCCCAUUGGCCGAUAUCGCGGCACUCACCUUGGCCGGCGUCUCUGACUCUUUGAAGUCUGACAUCCAUCCAUCUACGGAACUCUCCCAAGCUUCGAGGUCUUAUCGACGGUUGAAACUGGAUUGAUUGGCCCAGAAAAUGAAUGGAUGGAGCAGAACUUAUCGGGAGUGUUGUCGAAGAACAUUAAUUAAGGGAGGAACAACUUACUGUGCAACCAGAACCCAACAGUACCACCAGCAACUUCACCAUAGACGUCAAAAUCUUCGAGAGCCGAUACCAUUCAUCACCAGCUUGAAGCAAGUACGAGACCCAGAGGAAGCGCUGGCCCUCUUUCAUGAGUACCGCAAGAUGGGCUUUAAGCACUACUACCCUUCAUACUCCGCCCUCAUAUACAAGCUAGCUCGGUCUCGAGAGUUCAAAGAAAUCGAGGAGAUCCUCUCAUAUAUCAGAGCUAAGGAUUUGUAUUGUAAAGAAAGCGUCUUUAUCGGCUUAAUUCAGCAUUACGGGAAAGCUCAGUUGGUGGAGAAAGCUACUGAGCUUUUCCACAAAAUGGGUUCGUUCAACUGUGUCCGUACGUUGCAAUCCCUCAACGCAAUUCUCAAUGUUCUUGUUGAUAACGAUAGGUUGCUUGACGCAGUUGCAUUGUUGGGUUCUUCCAAGAAAAUGGGUUUUCGCUUGAACUCAGUGUCCUAUAACAUUAUCAUAAAGGGUUGGCUCAGGAAAGGUGAGUGGGAGGCCGCGUGCGAGGUGCUCGAUCAAAUGCUUGAGAGGAAGAUAUAUCCUAGUGUUGUAACUUACAAUAGCCUUCUUGGGUUCUUGUGUCGGAAUCGCCGUGUUGAUGAAGCAACGAGCUUGUUCGAGGACAUGAAGGUGAAAGGGACUCGCCUCAAUGCAGUAACUUAUGCGCUUUUAAUGGAAGGCUUGUGCUUGAUUGGUAAAUAUAAGGAGGCGAAGAAUCUCAUGUUUGAUAUGGAGUAUAGAGGUUGUAAGCCCAAUCUUGCAAAUUUCGGCGUUCUGAUGAGCGACCUUGGAAAGAGAGGGGAGAUCGAGGAGGCCAAGAACUUGCUCAAGGAGAUGAAAAGGAGGCGAUUUAAGCCUGAUGUUGUGACCUAUAACAUACUGAUAAAUUAUAUGUGUAAGGAAGGUAGAGUUAGUGAGGCAUAUAAAGUAUUUGUUGAGAUGCAGGUCGCGGGUCGCGAGCCGAAUGCAGCAACUUAUCGCAUGAUGGUUGAUGGAUUUUGCAAGGUUGAUGAUUUCGAGGAAGGACUGAAGGUUCUAAGCUCAAUGGUUAGAAGUCGGCACAGUCCUCGUUCUGAAACAUUUGGCUGUUUGGUUCUUGGGCUGAUAAGGAUGGGCAAUGUUGAUGGCGCGUGCUUUGUUAUCGAAGAAAUGGUGAAAAGAAAGGUAAAAGUUGAUUUGGAAGCAUGGGAAGCUCUUGUUAGGUUUGCUUGUGGAGCAGAUAGAUGUGCAGCGGAUCUUUUAAUUGAAGUCUCUACUUCAUUUGAGGGAUGAGAUAUUUUGGCCGUAUGGGUCACCUUAUUGCAGCUUUGGUCGUCCCUGUGAAUUACUGACAGAGUUCAGAGCUUGGUCAUCAUUAAUCUUGGGAUCAAACCUAAAGAGUGCAAGGUCAGAGCCAAUUGUAGGAAUUCUUGGCAUGGAUGAGAGCAUUACAUAAGAAAGCCUGAUGGAGAUCAAAGACCUUAUUAUCCAGCUGUGGGCACUAGUGAAGUGUCUCAUUGUUGCAUAUAAAGAGGGAUUUGGUUUUUUCUUGCUGAAUGCCAUUGGUAUAACCACUAGCCAUGAGAUCAAUUUCCGAUCCACUGUUUUAUAGGUGUGUCUAAUAGUAAGAGGAGGAAAAAUGGGGAAGACCUUGGAUUCUCGAACUCUCCACAGGGUAGUUCUUGAAGUUUCAAACUUACGGGGAAUUGACAAGAUCAAGCAGAAGCUGCAUGUAACGCCCUUUGAGGGAGGAAAAGGCAGUAGCUGUGCAAUGCAUACAGAAAUGAAGAAAUAGAAGAAACCGAAGCAUUUAUACAGCAUAAAAGCAUGAUGACUUUAUAAUGUAUUGGCUGUUUCUCUGUAGGAUGACGAUCUAGAGGUGAUACCGGAGGGAACCGCUGCAUGGUGAACAUCAGCGUGUCGUCGCAAGGCUCAUUUUGAGUUGUAGGUCAUUGGGUGCGAUUCGGGUGAGCAACUUUAUCUGAUCAAAGGGCCGAGGUACAAGGGAACUGCUGCUAGCAGAGCUUAUUAACAGUGAAGCUUUGCAUAAAUGUAAUGGUUAUUAUGUUGUAUACAACUUUGUUGGUGUCAAUGUUGCCAAUCACUUGUGGAUGAACCAAAUUCGACCGGCCGGCGGCCAUUCGAUUGGCUUUGUUGAAUCCUCGUUCCCCUGAAUUGGCAAAAUUCGGAAAAGCAUUAUUAGGACGUAUUAUUGUAGUAGGUGGUUAUCCCUA